GGGAAAUGGCGGCGGGCGCCGCGGCCAAACGCGAUGGAGGCGCUGGGCGGGCUCCCCGAGGAGGCCGUAGUGAACAGCCACGUCCUGCAGUUCUACUUUCACCAGGCCUUGGCGGCCUACCGCGCGGGGCGCAACCGCGACUUCCGACAGUUCCGCGACGUCAUGCAGGCGCUGCUUGUGCGCCCGUUGGAGAAGGACCACAUCAUGGCCCGGAGGCUGCGCUUGAUGCAGUUCCUGUCACGGGUCGAGGAAGGCGAGAACCUUGAUUGCACUUUUGAUAAAGAGUCGGACCUCACCCCUCUGGAAUCAGCAAUCGGUGUCCUGGAGCUUAUUCAUACAGAAUUCGCUGUGACUCAGGAGACGAUGGAAACUCUUCGGGAAAUGGUUAAGGAAGCUGCUGUUAUUGUGUGCAUCAGAAACAGAGAGUUUGAGAAAGCGGCAGAGAUUGUCAAGAGGCAUAUAGGGAAGGAGCCCAAAAGCCAGGUGAGUCUGUGCUGGAAUGAGAGGCAGCUGCUUGAGCACUGUCUGGUAUGUCCUAUGGGGUGUUGGGGAACAGAGGUACCUGGAGUAGUUUCUGGUAUGUCUUACAGGGUGGGCAGUAUGACCCCUGAGGGUGUAAGAGGUUUCCUUGAGAAGCACGCUCAUUAGGGAUACCCAAAGAAGAAAAAAGGGUAAAGGUUCCAAAACUGGAAUUAAAAACUCCUCCUUGAGCGAUGGACCUUCAGUGCUCUGCAUUUCUCAAGCAUAUCGUUCAUCUCUGAAGCUCCCUCU